AUGUCCAUUUGCCCGCACCUGUUGGCAGCCCUCUCAAUCGUUGGACUACUGGAGCGAAGGGGGGAGGAGGAGGUUGUGCAAGUCAUCAGAAACGCACGGCUGGAGGAAGAGAUCAAUGACCUCAGAAAUGUGACGUUCUUCGUUCCAAGUGACGAGGCUUUCCAGGGUCUGAGUCCCGCUGACUACGAGAGACUCAGAGAUCGGAAAUCGCUUGUGGAGGUCAUCAGGGGUCACGUGACGACGGAGAGCCUGAGCGUGGGCGAGAUGAGUAAUAAUCAGCUACUGCCUGUGGUGGAUAGCGAUAAGAAGCUACUCAUCAACAAAUACAAGCAGUGUUGGUUUGAUGACAAUGCAGUGACAACUGUGCAGUGCGCUAAAGUUGUCCAGUCUGACCUAAUGACAUGUGGAGCUGCCGUGCAUAUCAUUGACAAGGUGCUGAUGCCCCCAACAGAUGGCACUGUCCUCGACAUGCUGAGGAGUAACAGCAGCUUUUCGAUUAUCCUGGAGCUGAUGGAGGAAGCAGGACUUCUCGAUCAUCUGUCGUCCGACACUGGCUUCACCUUUUUCGCUCCCACUAACGAUGCAAUCACGGAGCAGUUGCCUCACCUGCGCAAGGACAGCUUCCUUAUGCAGCAAGUUCUGGCUCUUCAUAUUUUACCUGAGCACCUGUGCUGCGCGGGCGUCUUCAACAACCUGUGGACAUGCGGCUCGGGCGUGCAGCACGCGACCGUCGGCGGGCCGCGGCUGCGCGUCUAUCGCACGCUCGGCGACGCCGGCCGCGUCGUCGUCAACGAGAUCGUGCGCGUGACGCAGUGCGACCGCGUCGCUAGCAACGGAGUCGUGCACGUCGUCGACGGUCUCAUCACGCGUCUGUAG